AUGGCAAUCCAAAAGAAGCACGGUAAAGGACGGCUUGACAAAUGGUAUAAGCUCGCCAAGGAGAAAGGAUACAGAGCUCGAGCAGCCUUCAAGUUGAUACAACUGAACAAGAAGUAUGGUUUCCUGGAAAAGAGUCGAGUGUUGCUGGAUCUCUGCGCCGCACCGGGAUCCUGGUGUCAAGUUGCAGCUGAGACAAUGCCUGCGCAAAGUCUGAUUGUCGGCGUCGAUUUGGCUCCCAUCAAGCCCAUCCCUCGCGUUAUCUCCUUCCAGAGCGAUAUCACCACGGACAAAUGUCGAGCGACUAUUCGACAGCAUUUGAAACAUAUGAAAGCGGAUACUGUGCUGCAUGACGGUGCACCCAAUGUCGGUGUUGCCUGGGUACAAGAUGCUUUCUCGCAAGCGGAAUUGGUCCUGCAAUCAAUGAAGUUGGCGACUGAGUUCCUGAAAGAAGGGGGCACAUUUGUCACAAAGGUGUUCAGGUCGAAAGACUACAACGCGCUACUUUGGGUCUUCAAACAACUAUUUACAUCGGUCGAGGCUACAAAACCCCCUUCUUCGAGAAAUGUAUCAGCAGAGAUCUUUGUCGUGUGCAGAGGCUUCAGAGCGCCCAAGAGACUGGACCCCAAGUUUCUGGACCCGAAACAUGUUUUCGCGGAGUUGCAGGAUCCCACACCGAAUAACGAAGCUAAGGUUUUCAAUCCCGAAAAGAAGAAACGGAAACGAGAAGGUUAUGAGGAAGGCGACUGGACUCAACACAAAGAAAUCCCCGUCAGUGAUUUCAUUCAUACCACAGACCCGAUCGCGAUUCUAGGCUCCGUCAACAAACUCAGUUUCGAGCAGCCGCCCAACGGCGAUCUUGCAUUGGCUACAAUAGGCCGACUACCCGAGACGACAACCGAAAUCAGACAAUGUUGCGCGGACUUGAAAGUUCUAGGAAAGAAGGAAUUCAGAACGUUACUUCGGUGGCGGCUGAAAGUCCGUGAUCAGUUUGGCCUGUCCGGCAAAGCGAAAAAGCAGGAUCAGGAAGUGCAGGCCAUUGGGCAAGAAGGAGAAGAGGUGGCCGAGGUCGAGUCGAUGGACGGAGAGCUCAAACUCCAACAAGAACUACAGAGGCUGAAGGAUCAAGACAACAAGGAAAAAAAGAAGGAGCGUCGGAAAGAAAAUGAAAGGAAGCGAAAAGAGAUUGUCCGGAUGCAGAUGCACAUGACUGCGCCGUAUGAUAUUGGAUUGCAACAGAGUGGCCCUGGUGCUGAAGGAUCCAUGUUUAGUAUCAAAGCGGCUGAUAAGGUGCAGAACCCAGUUCAGAUAGCCAAUGGAGACAUGGCAGACGAGGAAGAUUCGGAGCUGGAAGCAUCAGAGGUCGCUUCUGAUGGCAACGAGGAUGAGACUGGUGACAUGCUUGAAAGGGAACUCGAUUUGAUGUACGAAUCUUAUCAGCAAAAAAGGGAAGAAGCAGACGCAAAGGCACGAGCAAAGCGAGCAAGAAAGGAGAGAGAAACAGAUGAAUGGGAAGGCCUCUCCGACGACGGAGGCAUAUCAAGCGAUAUAGCGACUGACGCUGGGUCCGAUGAUGAGCAAAACGGCUACCCUAUGAAACAACAGCCAAAAAGUGAAGGUCUUUCCACCAAAGCAGCCAUGUUCUUUGAUCAAGACAUCUUUCAGAACCUGGGCAUCGAAGAUGAUCAAGAUGACCAAGAAGACUUGGACAAGGAUAGCGCAAUUGAGAUGGACGACGAAUCCUCGGAUCAAGUAGACUCUGCUGCUGCAAGAGCUCAGGCAUCAAAAGGACAGCGAGGCAAACCUGUUAAUUCAACCUUGAAGAAACAACGACUCUCACCUCAAACAGCAAAAGAUAAAUCGGAGUCCGAGCCUGAAACUACGCCUAAAACCACCAUCUCUUCCACCACAGACCUUGCACGUCCCGAAGACCCAUUGACUCCAUCCGGUCAUCUGGACAUCGAUAUAAUCACUGUUGAAGCCAUGACCCUCGCGCACUCCCUUGCGACCAAGCAAACCACAUCCAAGGACCUUAUCGAUGAUAAUUUUAACAAAUACACCUUCCGCGAUACUGACGGCCUUCCCGAUUGGUUCCUAGAUGAUGAAGACCGACACUCUCGCCCCCUGAGACCGAUCACGAAGGCUGCGGCCGCGGCGAUAAAAGAGAAGAUGCGGGCGUUGAAUGCUCGACCCAUCAAGAAGGUGCUCGAAGCAAAAGGGCGGAAGAAGAUGAAAGCCGCUCAACGUCUGGAGAAGCUCCGCAAGAAAUCCGCGCUGUUGCUCGAAGACGAGGGCGUCAGUGAAAAGGACAAGGCGUCAACCAUUUCGAGAAUGAUGGUCCGGGCGGCCAAGAAAGGGAGACCCAAGGAGAAGGUCAAGCUGGUCGUGGCGCGGGGUGCGAAUAGGGGUAUUGCGGGACGACCGAGGGGCGUCAAGGGCAAAUAUAAGAUUGUGGACGCGCGGUUGAAGAAGGAUGUGCGGGCCGAGAAGAGGCUGAAGAAGAAGUUGAAGAAGUAG